AUGUUCUCUACAUCAAACGAGAAACUCACAGAAAAGAAACACCGUCUCGAUGACAGCAAGACCUCCAGCAAUGAGGAUCUGCCCUACUCUUCUGAGGAGACCGAGUACAUGGACGAGAAGGAUGACUUUGAUGUGUAUGACGAGGAGUACGGCCAUACCGCUGAGAAGCGCAUACGGUUCUACCAGUCCAAACGGUUCUGGAUCAGCUGCAUUGUCAUCCUUGUCGUCAUCCUUGUAAUCUUCAUCCCUCUGCUCCUCUUUGUCAUCCUGCCCAAGCUGGUACAGACCAUCGUCAAUCACUCGACUAUGUCAAUGACCCAGCUGAAUAUGACCGACGCCACGGAGACCGGCAUGAAGGUCUCACUCUCCGGAGGGAUCGCUAAUGCCGGCAUCUUUCCAGCAACUAUUAACUUUCCUGAGCCAAUUAUCGUCUCAUGGAAGGGCAAGCAGCUCGGAAGCAUGAGCAUGGCCAGCGUGAAGGCCUCUGGCGGUAAGGCUGCUAUUGUUGACGCGACAGCAUUCACCAUUAUCGAUAAGGAUGCCUUUGCCAGGUUUGCCAAGGAAAUGCUGACAAUCGACAGCUUCACCUGGACCUUGACCUCUACUGUUCAGGUCCAGGCCAUUGGCCGCACCAUCAAGGAUGUCAAUCUUAUCAAGGACCUCAAUAUGCUUGGCAUGGGCGGUUUCGGCAAAGUCACCAUCGACAGCUUCACUAUGCCCGGUGAUGCUCCCAACAACGCUGGUGCGUAUGUCCGUUUAGUGACAUCUAUGAACAACCCCUCGCCUGUUGGUAUGGUCCUCGGCACCAUGGUCCUCGACAUGUUUUACCAGAACACAUAUCUCGGCCAGGUCACUGCCAAGAAUGCUACACUCAUCGGUAACUCGCCCUCGCCCCUGACACUUGAGGGCCUUCUCUUCCACCAGACCAACCAGACUGAUCUCGACAAUGUCUCGACUUUGAUGUCCAACUUUUUGGCCGAAAAGGUCGCCAUGACCACUGCUAAGGGUGUCUCUGUCAAGCCUGAUGGUGUCAACGACGUCUCCUGGUUAAGCAAUGGACUCCUGUCCCUCACUCUCAACGUGCCCCUCCAGUCGCCCACUCCGUUGAAUGUCAUUCACGACAUCAGCAUCAUGGAUAUGGGAAUGAUCUUCAACCAGUCCAGCCCCUACGUCCCGACCGCAAGCUCCAACACUGUUACGGCUGGAUUCAAGUUACCCUUCAAUAUCACCGUUGCCAUGCUGAACGUUAGUAACACUAUGUCAAUCGUCUACAAGGGCAAGGUUCUUGGCGAUAUCGACACUGCUGUUUGGAACCAGGCCAAAUCCGAUGUCCCCAACGGUCUUAUUGUGUUCAGCUUGCCAUCUUCUCCUCUUGUUGUCAAGGAGGACGCCAAGGAGGAGUUCAACCAGUUCGUGUCCGAUCUUACUAUUAACUCGGAGCAGACCUUCCUUGUCACCGGUAUCGCCAAUGCCAUCUCGACCACGCCUGUGGGAACCGUCAAGCUCACUGGCAUCCCCUUCAACUCGAAUGUGACAAUGAAGAGCCUCAAUUUUAACGCCAUCGAUGCUGCUGUUACCAACGUGAUCGUCAGCAACGGCACCGCCGAUCACAUCACCAUGAACCAGUUCGUUGCCCUUCCUAACCCUUCGUCUCUGAGUGUCACUGGCGGCAGCGUUACUUUGACCGUCUACGACAAGACUACGGAUCAGUAUCUCGGAGAACUCUUCAUCCCCACCUUGAAGGUUGUUCCCGGCCCCAAUCCCACUGCCACUCAAUUCUUAUUCCAUCCCAAGAAUGAGACCCUCCGUGAUCAAUUCCUGAGCGAGUAUCUUACAGGCGCUAUAUUCCCGCUCAAGGUCGCUGGUUCAAAGGACUCGACUGAGAUUGUCGAGCUGCAGACCGCUAUGUCCCACGUCACCAUCUCGUCCUCGGCCCCUGGUCUCACACCCCCACCCAGACUAGUUACCUCCGGAACUGCUGUCUCAAAUUUGAACACAUUGCUGGGCAACCGCCAGACGACGACCAUAGUCAGUAUGAUCAAUCCCUUGGCCGCAGACCUGUACGUCAGUGGCCAGACAACCCAGAUCUCAUGGAAGGGCAACUUUUUUGGCACCAUCACAGCCAAGUAUGAACAGAUUGUCCCCAGCAACGGUGCCGCCUCGACACCCCCUCUGAUCCUGCAGCAUCCCUCUGGAUUCCAGUUUGGUCUCUUCUUAACCACGCAAUUUGUGCCCACGUACCCAUUGAUUGCUCUCGGCGGCGAAAUGGUUCCAUUUGACCUCGAUGUGAUGAUGGAUGUUCGUGUCGGUGGACCCAACGGCUACCCUGCAACCAUCCACUAUGUGCAGCAGCAGGAGAUUCUUACAAAGAUGAACAUCCUCUAA